GACCCUGACCCGACCCACUCUGCCCAAACGCCUCGCGUGGGGCUAGGGUCCGGGUCUGGGUCCCGAUCCGACCCGACUUGCCCAACAAUAUGACGGGCGUUACAGACAUUGUAUGUGAACAUGCAUAUUCGUUGGCGCGGAACUUGGAUCCUGAUAGUGAAGGAAGGGGUGUCUUGCAAUUCAAAACUGGUCUCCUGUCAGUUGUCAAGGAGUUUUACAAGCUAUACAGGGAAAAACACAAAAUAGAUGAGUUACAGGAGGAAGAAUUGAGGUUGAGAGAAUCUGGUGCUUUCAGCGGCAACCUUGGCGAAAGCCUGAAAAGAAAGAGGGUUUUGGCAACAUUGAAAGUUCUUGGAGCGGUUGUUGAACAGCUCAGUAAGGAAGUAUCCCCAGAAGAUGCAGACAAGUUAAUUCCUGAAGAGUUGAAAAGGGUUAUGAAAUCAGAUGCUGCAAUGUCAGAAGAUCUAGUUGCUUAUAACAUUGUGCCAUUGGAUUCUCCAUCUUCAACAAAUAUGAUUGUUUCUUUUCCUGAGGUUAAAGCUGCUAUUUCGGCACUUAGAUACCACAGUGGAUUACCAAAGUUUCCUAAUACCUUCUCUGUGCGAGCAACAAGGACUGCAGACAUACUAGAUCUUUUGCAGCAUGUAUUUGGAUUUCAGAAAGACAAUGUGGGCAAUCAACGUGAGCAUGUUAUUCUCCUGUUGGCUUAUGCACAAAGUCGUCUAGGAAUUCUGGGAGAAAUUGAACCAAAAUUGGAUGAGGCUGCUGUUGACAAGGUCUUCACAAAGUCACUUCAAAACUACAUGAGUUGGUGCAACUAUUUGGGUAUUCAUCCUGCAUGGAACAAUCUGGAUCUCAGCAAGGAGAAGAAGAUAACACUGAUUUCCUUGUGCUUCUUGAUCUGGGGGCAAGCUGCAAACAUCAAAUUCUUGCCUGAGUGGUUAUGUUACAUUUUUCAUCAUGUUUGGGCAGUUCUAAAACCAUGUUUUCUGGCUUUUCUGGAAGUUCCUUUUGAGGAUAAACUCUUGGAUAUAGUUGUUUUUGAUGUACUUCCACCUUCUGAUGGCAAUAGUGGGACUAGGGUUUGUCUUGCAAAGAUACAAAAGAGAAAAAUCCUCUGCGUUGUGGGUUCACUAAGUUGUCUUGCAGGAGCAGGACCUUAAAGUUGAGGACCAGUAAUAAGGCCAAAGUCCAUGACUGGGUCGUUUCAGUAAAUGAUGCCGCUAGGAAUUGAUCGUUAUAGCCACCUGAAGCUCUGAUACCA